AAGUUCUACGUCACUAUUAUCUUGAAGAAAGUUGGGUUAAAGUUUAGUUUACAUCCGUAUUUAAGGUAUCGAUUUAGCAGCCCAAUUUUUUAAUUUAUUUAUAAAUACAAACGUAACGUUGAUUUAGUCGAAAGUGUUAGAAAAAAGUGAAAUAGUAAAAUACCAAUAAAAAGAAAAUAAUAUGACUACGAGUAACAACGAAUCCUUUAUUCAAAGAACCUGUCUUCCUUCUGAGAUGCUACAAUGGAAUGAUAGAAAUAUUAUGUCAGUUUUGAAAAAUUGUCUUGGAAAAGAGUUGAGUAAAGUAACGAUGCCUGUUACUUUAAAUGAGCCAUUAAGCUUUUUGCAAAGGGUGUGUGAAUAUAUGGAAUACGCCGAAAUAUUAAAUAAAGCCAAUAAAGAGGAAGAUCCUGCUGACCGAAUGAAGCUCGUUGCAACGUUCGCUGUGUCGGCAUUAGCAUCAAACUGGGAACGCGUUGGAAAACCAUUCAAUCCACUUUUGGGAGAAACGUAUGAACUGCAAAGAAAUGAUUUCAAAAUUUUAUGCGAACAAGUAUCACAUCACCCACCGAUUUCUGCUUUUCAUGCCGAAUCUUCUAACUACAAGUUCUAUGGAUCGAUUAACCCAAAAAUAAAGUUCAUGGGAAAGAGUAUAAAUAUCCAGCCCAAAGGAAUGGUGACUGUUGAACUAACCAGAUGGAACGAGGCUUACUCGUGGAGUAACGUUAACUGCUGUGUACAUAAUGUAGUUGUAGGUAAACUAUGGAUUGAACAGCUUGGGACAAUGGAAAUAAAAAAUCAUUCGAAUGGUUACCGCGCCAUUUUAGACUUUAAAGAAGCCAGUUCUUCCCAAGAGGCUAACAAAGUGUUUGGAAUUGUUGAAAAUGAUGAAAAAAAAGUAAGAUAUAGAUUAUUUGGAAAAUGGAACGAGUUUCUUAAAUGUGCAUCAGAAGAAGACUACCAGCUUUGUAUGCAGCAAAAACACGUUAACGAAUCAAUGUCAUCCCAUGACCGAAACUCUAAGAAACUAUUUUCAAAAUUGAACAGUUUUAAAAUGCCAUCAUUUUUAGGCGUGAAUAUUCAAGAUGAUUUAGUUGGAACAUCAGAGCUUAAGUCUUUAAGUUUGAACGAAGAUGCCGAUAUAUCUUCUGAUAUUAAAUCAGCUUUAUUGUGGAAAUGUAAAGAGCGACCUGCUUAUAGCUCAAAGUAUUAUCAUUUUACAGACUUCGCGAUGCAGCUUAAUGCUAUCAACCCUAUUGCAUCGCAUCCUUUGUGUAACACCGAUUCAAGACUGCGCCCAGAUAUACGAUAUCUCGAAGAAGGUGAUGUAACAGCCGCAUCAGCUCAAAAAAACAGAUUGGAAGAAAAACAGCGUGGUGCGGAACUAUCACGGAAAGGACAAAAUAAUGACUCAUGGCAGCCCCGAAAUGGACAUAGAAGACAUCCAACUUACUCCCAAGACUGUGAGAUCCGCCAUUGCUACACCUAGAGCAUCAGCACCACCCAUCGCCGCACCAAGGACACGAAGAGUCUUGAGUCCGCCAAGGCAAUCAUCUGUUGCAACACCCAGGGAUACGUUAGAAGAUCCAUUCGAAGAAAACUUGCCUCCACGAUGCAGCUUAUGCCAUCGGCCCCACGUGCUGAAGAGGUGCACUAUCUUCAAAAGCAUGAAGCCAGCUCAGCGCCAACAGAUCGCUCGCGCACACGGCCAUUGCAUGAAUUGCUUGGGAGACUCCCACACCACAUUCGAAUGUCCAACCGACGGGUCAUGCCAAUACUGUGAAUGCCCUCAUCAUAUACUGUUUCAUCGAUUCCCUCGCCGAGUCAAUCCGCCAGCAAUCCACACAAAUAACAGACACAGACAACACGAGGAUCCUGUCCAGCGCCGAAGAGGGCACCAUUCCAGACGCACCAGGGGAGCGCACUCACGACCAACUGCACCAACCUACGGUCAUCGUAAUUCACAACGCAAGCCAACGGGACUGAACGCCGUAGUGAGCACUCUGCAAUGGUUGCAAAGACUUCUAGGCGAUUAAUCCGCCUAGGGGGGCCGGGAUGUUUAUGCGACAUCCGGUCGUGCGAUAUUUCAUCCUCGCAACACUCAUCACACAACGCAACUUUCAUCCUCGCAACACUCAUCCCACAAUGCAACAUUCAUCCCGCAACACAACAUUCAUCCCACAACGCAACAUUCAUCCCGCAACACGACAUUCAUCAUACACAACCUAUAGCAUCACACCACGCAACCCCACGCACCGAACACCACCAUACCACAACAUACAUCGUUCUCACAACCCAACCGAGUAAAAAAGGAUUGGCCAGAUCGGGGCGGCCCCCAGUCGAUUUUUACGCCCGAAGACUUAGCACGCGUCUCGCCAGCUCUUGUUUCCUUUUUCGUCGAAAUUGUGCCCAAACUCUAAAGAAAUUCAGUUCGGUUGUGUGGUUGUGCACUGGCAGCAAUAGCAGUGAAGAAUAAAGAAUACAAAUAAAACAUAUAUCUAUUGUUGAAGAUACAUGAAAAUUACAAUAAAACAUAUGCAUAUAUUGUACAUACGUAGUUAAUAAGAAAAU